GCGGCGAUCGCUGCGGCGCGGCCCGGCGGGGGCGGCCCGGGACGGGGUCCGGGAGCGGGUCCUGGGUCGGGAGCGGCCCCGGAACCGGUCCCGGAACCGGCCACCCCCGCCACAGCCGCGCUCUAUGUGCACGUGGGGUGUGUGCAGGGGUGGGGGUGCAGUGGUCCCCCAUGGCACCCUGUGCCCGCAGUGGCCCUACUGCCGCAAGCGCUGCUCCUACUGCAACUUCAACAAGUACGUGGUGCCGACGGUGGACGAGGUGGCUGUGCGUGCCUGCCUGGUGCAAGAGGCACGUACCCUGCUCCACCUCAGCCAGGUGCAGAGUGUCACCUCUGUCUUCUUCGGUGGUGGCACCCCCAGCCUGGCCAGCCCCCGCACCAUCGCAGCGGUGCUGGAGGCUGUGGCGGGGGCUGCCCACCUCCCCGUGGGUGCCGAGGUGACUCUGGAGGCCAAUCCCAGUUCCAUCAGCCCCGCACGCCUCACUGGCUUCAGGGAGGCGGGCAUCAACCGCCUCUCCAUCGGCGUCCAGUCGCUGGACGACGCUGAGCUGCGGCUGCUGGGCCGGGAGCACACGGCGGCGGAGGCGCGGGGGGCCGUGGAGGCAGCGCGGAGGCUCUUCCCUGGCCGAACCUCCAUCGACCUCCUCUUUGGGCUGCCGGGGCAGAGCCAGGACGCCUGGGCACGGGGGCUGGCGGCAGCACUGGGGCUCUGCGAUGACCACAUCUCCCUCUACCAGCUGACGCUGGAGCGGGGCACGGCGCUGGCGGCGCAGGUCUGGGGGGGGACCCUGCCCGCUCCCCCCCAGGACCUGCUGGCUGACAUGUACCAGACCGCCCGCGCCAUGCUGGUGGCUGCUGGCUUCAGGCACUAUGAGGUCUCCAAUUUUGCAAGGAAGGGCGCCCUCAGCACCCACAACCUUUCAUACUGGCGGGCUGAGCAGUACAUCGGCGUGGGGCCAGGGGCGCACGGGCGGUUUGUGCCGCGGGGCGAGGGCGGCUGCAGCCGGCAGGCUCGUGUCCAGACGCUGGAGCCCGAUGCCUGGAUGCGGGAGGUGCGGAGCCAGGGCCAUGGCACCCGGAGGCGGGUGGUGCUGAGUCCCCUGGAGCAGCUGGAGGAGCUGCUCGCCCUGGGACUGCGCACGGAUGAGGGCGUUACACACGAGCGGCCUGCGGUGCUCGGCGCGGGGCCUGGCCCUGCUGGACUCCCUCCUGCCCGACCUGCUCUGCCAGCUGCAGCGCCGCUGGGCCCCGCCAGCCGCCCCAGGCCGGGAAGCAGCACCCGGCGGCGGGGCCCCGAGAAAGAGCCCGACGGGGGACAGGGCCGGUGGAGAGGCCGCGGGAGUUACAAGAACGACAAGGUACGUAAACAAUCCUCAAAGAUCACAAAAGAGCCUGAGCCCGUUCCAUGUGUUCUGCAAGGAGAUGACAUCCAGGUGGAGGACCUCAAGAAAGAUCUGGGUGGACUGGAGGUGACCGGUAAAGGGCAGCCUUUUGCUUCUGUCUCAGCAGAGCCUCUUCCACGUUCCACCUCUUCUGAAGAGUCUGAGAUCCUCAGUGACACCCUGAAGGAGCAUCCCGAUGUGGUUCCAGAAGCCGUACGGGGUCCAUCUUUAGUUUUCUGUGGCCAGCCUGCUCGUUGGAUCGAUGGCACUACUUCUCGCAGGAAUGAAGUUGGCAUUGCUGCCAGGCUCACCUUUGAGGCUUUGGCUUGUGAGAGAGCCGAAAGCUCCCUGACAGUGAGCAAUGAUGGCACAACUGCCAUCUGGUACGACUGGCUGAGGCUGCCCCAGAAAAUUCCCUCCAGAGAAACCAAAUGGAGGUGGUUACCGUGCUUUUACUUUGAUACCAGAUCAGGUGUAAUUUUGCCUGGAGAAACUAGGCAGUUUGUCUUUAUUUUCAAGUCAGAGAGCGCAGGCAUUUUCAGUGAGUCCUGGGAAUUUAGGACACAUCCUCUGUUAUUAGGAGGAGCUCUGCUGCAGGUGACCCUUUGGGGAAUUGCUGUGUAUGAGGAUAAACUGGCUGACCUCAGAGAGAAACUGGAGAGUGACCUGGCUGCCCGAGUGAGAGCUGCUGUGGUAAAAGAGAGUCUGAAGAAAAGUCUUGUCCGAAUUCGCACCCCAGAGCGCACCCCGUCUCCUGUGGAUGCCUGUGUCACGGAGGAAGAGUUGUUCCAGUUGAAGAAUCCCAAGUUGCAUUAUCGUCAUAGAGUGGUACAGCAGCUGCAUGAACUGUGGAGGAAGCACAUGACUGUUCCUUCAGCCUUUGGGUCGAAAGUGUCCUUGGGCCAGACGAGCAGCGUGGAGGACCUGUGGUGCCAGGAGAGUGCCUCAGGUGUUCUCUCUGCUCAGAGCAGCGUCACAGAGGCCUCAGGUUGGAAGAGCACGGUAUUGGAGUCUCCAAGUCAAAUGACAAUCGUGGAACAGGAAGAACGAGGCCCCUCAGGAUGGAACCUUUCCAUCGAGGACUUUAAGGAGGCUAUAAACUCAAUCCCCAAGGAGGAGCAGAGAGAAGCAGCGCUGGCCCAGCUCAACCAGGCAGUGCUGAAGCUGCGUGUUCCACAGAGGCCACAUCAGUCAGACCUUACUCAGUCAGACCUUUUCUAUCACAUCUGUCUCCAGCUGUGGCGUCAAACCAUUGAUGGUAUGGUGAGUCAUUCUAUGAGGCUGAGAUCCCUGCUUGGCUUGCCUGAGAAUAACACCUAUAUAGAUACUGUUCCAGAGGAAACAGUGGAACCAAGGCUAUCUAUAAAAGAAGGAAAGGAAGACAAAAUAAUGAUUAAGAAAGCAUCAAUUGGUGGUAAGGAUAAAGAAGCCAAAGAAAGAAAAACAAAGGCAGCAGGGAAGGAGAAAGAGCCGAACAGGAGAAAGUUAAAAGAUGAGAAAAUGCAGAAAUCUUCCGUUUCAUCACAGGAUAAGAGUGUGGAAGCACAGUGUCUGGAAGCUCUAACUACAAAGAGAGAACCUUCUCAGGCACAGAUUGACCCUGUUUUGUUUGGGACAUACCAGGAAAAACUUUAUAUUCACGUGAGUCUGACCAGAGCUUGUAUCUUUGUUUCUUGGUUUUAUCCUUUGCUUGUAAGUUUAUAUUGGAGCAUUGUGUUAAACUCAGAAAACAGACAAACAGAUGUCCAUAAUUCUGUAGGAAGGUAAGUGAGAAAGACAAGGUAAGAUAUCUUUUAUUCCAGGCUGGAAUCUGUUAAUGUAACCAGCCAUCACAUAGCCAUGUGAUGGCUUUUUCUAUCUGGGAUGUCUUUAGCAUGCUUGCGGACUCUUGAGGGCUCAGUAGAAUUAAUUGUAUCUUGGAUAAUGUUAAACACACUUCAUAACCAGCGAAGUUAUUACUAGAGCUAAGUGCUGUUAACAGGCAGCCACUUUUAUAUGGCUGUGUGCAUGCCUGUACGUUAAUGUGCAUGAGAAACCAUCUCUCUGUCAGUCUCAUCAUCAGGAUUUCUUCACAUCUUUUCACUGCGAAUAACUUCUGUUAAUUUCUG